CGGCUGGAUAUUUUGCUGUUUCCUGGUUAGAUUGCCAGCCAUUUUGGAUUCUACACGACUAGCCUCUCGGUUUUUUGGGAGUAGUUACUUUUUUUUAAUCUGAAAGAGAACUUGAAGCUAGCGAAUCAAUUCCAGUAAUUCAUAGCGAAGCCAUUUUACAAGAAGAGCGUUUUAUUGUCACCUGCCAACGAUGAACCCUGAAUAUGAUUAUUUAUUCAAGCUGCUUCUAAUUGGUGACUCCGGUGUUGGGAAGUCGUGCCUCCUCCUCCGGUUUGCAGAUGACACUUACACAGAGAGUUACAUUAGCACCAUUGGUGUGGACUUCAAAAUCAGGACUAUAGAAUUAGACGGAAAGACCAUCAAACUUCAGAUCUGGGACACAGCAGGUCAAGAGCGCUUUCGCACCAUCACGUCGAGCUACUACAGAGGAGCACAUGGCAUUAUUGUAGUUUAUGAUGUCACAGACCAGGAGUCUUUCAAUAAUGUUAAACAGUGGCUACAGGAGAUUGAUCGCUAUGCCAGUGAAAACGUUAAUAAGUUAUUGGUUGGGAACAAGUGUGACCUUACAACAAAGAAGGUGGUGGAUUACACAACAGCCAAGGAAUUUGCUGACUCCCUCAGCAUCCCCUUCUUGGAGACCAGUGCGAAAAAUGCCACCAACGUAGAGCAAGCGUUCAUGACCAUGGCAGCUGAGAUCAAGAAGAGGAUGGGUCCUGGAGCUGCUGCUGGCGGAUCUGAGAAGUCCAAUGUCAAGAUCCAGAGCACUCCGGUGAAGCCUGCCUCUGGGGGCUGCUGCUGAGUCUCUCCUCUCCCCUCCCCCGCCCCCAAACCCCUGCCCCAGUUUCUGGUGCGACACCACCUUGUUCCACAGUCAGAAAGACCGAGGAAGGCGGAGAUGGAGAGAAACAUGUUAAGUUGCCUGAAUUGUACUGUAUGAUGUAGCCGCACUACCAGAAAUUCUCAAAAAAAAAAAAAAGGUCAGCAAUUCAAUGAAUGAACUUGGCCCAAACUCCUGCCCCCAACUGGCUGCUUCUGUGUCCACCUCCGAGGCGGUAGAUUCCAUCUUCACAGCUAUUUCAAGAGUCUCAGAGUUCAGGGUUACCCAUGUGAAUAAGAAUGAGUGUAAAUCUCGCAGCAUUCCCGCCGCAGGUCUGCCUCGCGGGUGGUUCCUUUCUCCCGGUGUUUGUGUCCACAUCUGUAGGCAUUUGUCUCACGAUGACGAAGUUUCUGCCAACAUCUGUUCACCGAUAGCGCAGGUGUUCCCACUGUAUGGAGGAUGUCGCGUGACGCUCGUGUAAAUAUGUCCACGUGGGAGGUCUCCGUGCACGCACCCACGUACGUCUGCGACAAUCGCCUGGACAGUCACGGCCCAUGUCCUUAGACCUAGGAACGCGUUGACCUGUGGUGUGUGCGUGCUCACGUAACGUAUGUAGGUGUGAGUGUGCAUGUGUGCGUGUGACCUGACAGCCCUGUACAGAAAGAACCGGAAUAAAUUCCAUUAUCUGAUGACUAGUAUAACUUUGUUAUCUCUGCAUUUACAUUGUGUCUGCAGACUUGUAAUUAUUGAUGCAAGCUCCCUACCCCUGAAGAACCUGAAGAAAUGUUUAAUAAACAUUUUACUUAUUGGAAUUCUUACCUGAGUGUAUAAAAACUUUUUUUGUUUGCUAUUUAACCUGCAACUUUUUGUUCUGUUCAUAAAACAUUUAACUUCAUAAUAAUGAUUGUCAGCAAUAUGGCUGAAACCUACAAGCAGGCUAAUAUAAGGAGUCGACGUCAAAGACGCGUGUGAGGCCCUACGUUAAUUGUCAUAAUGCAAACCGUGUCCAGUUUUAAAGGAGCUACAUUUCUGGACUGGUUUAUUAUAAAAGGGAUCCUCAGAUCUGCUGCUGUAUUUACUAAGGUUGAUGACAUGAUUGUUGUUAUAUCGGUUUGAUUUGAUAUUAGCGUUUUGUUAAAGGUUUCAUACUCUGUACCCUCUUAAGCAACAUGUAUCAGGUCAUAUUUAAUAUAGUUCUUGAAUUAUUGUACUUUCCCAAUGGCUUAAUGUGGUUGCAAGGGCUUGCCAUAGUUUAUGCAUUAAAGGAAUCCUAAGUCCUUCUUGUAUCAGUCGAUUCCAAAACUCAAGUUGGCUGUAAAGGGAUUUAGAAUGAAUCAGAAAGAAAUCCACCGGACCUUUCAGUGCCUCUUCCUGUGCUACAGAGUGAUGUUACUUUAGCUAGUCUAGUUUAAAUGCAAAUGCGGCAAAUUUAGCACAGUCUGCAUAUUUAGAUUUUGUGUCCUUUUUCUUAAGUGUUACUUUGUAAAAUUAGCAUUUCUUUUCCACAGAUUAAACGGUUUGUACUAAGGCAUGCAAAUACACCUCAGUUCUCAUAAUUUUUGUCUUGUGGGAACUGAGCAACUGAGCAAUAGGUUUUUUUUUCCCCCUCUAAACAAAGAAUCUUUACUUUCUGCUGCUGCACUCAGUGGCCAGUUUAAUAGGUACAUCUGCUCACUAAUGCAAACAAUCGGUCAUGUGGCCGCAAUACCACAUGGACAGAGUCAGGGGGGUCACUUCCUGCUUGUCUGAGCAUGAAGACGGCUAAGACGCCUGAUCCAAGUGAUUUUGGAAACGGUGUUUGGUGUCAGACGUGCCGGGUCUAGCAUCUCAGAAACCGUCCCUUUUGUAGGAUUUUCACACACUGCAGUGUCUAGAGUUUGCAGCGAAUGGUGUGAUGAACAAAUAGAACAUGCAGUCAGUGGAGUUUCUGUGGCUGAAGAAUAUCCAAUUUAAGGCUAAGGGGAAGGCAGCAGGUGCAAAAAUAACUAAAAAUAACAGCAUUGUUGAGAAUGACGUCUCUGAACACACACGCCGUCUGCCUUUGAAGCGGUUCUGGAGGCAAACGUGCAUCCUGCCUGGUACUAGCUAGGUGUACCUAAAAAGAAUGGCCACCGAGUAUGUAUAUGUAGUUUGGGCAAAUACUUAAAAAUUCAGGGUUAUUGAAUAACUUAUUCUACAGAAAUUCUGAUCGCUUUCACUAAAUCGGCCAGUAUAUCAAACAAGUAACUAUGUGGUAACGGGAAGAUACACUUUACGCUUCCGAAUGUCGGUUGUAUGCAUGUGUCUAUGUAAUAAUGAUUUACAGAAGUAGCAGGAGGUAAUGGUUUAAUCUUUCACAAUUGUUUAUGCUGAACUGAAUAAAUGGCGUUUGUUUGA